AUGUCCAAGGGUGCCUUUCCUGGCGGCUAUUCUGAGGGGCACCGCCUAUGUGUGUCGGCAAGCCAUGGGAGGGGCUUGAAGAAGACAACCUUGCAGGGGGCAUUCGGAGAUUUCGGGCAUAUCCUGCAGAUUGAGACUCCAAAGUCCAACUUGGCUUUCAUUGCAUUUGCAGAGAAGGCCGAUGCACAAGACGCUAUGGAGGCCAUGGAUGGUAAGAGCCUGGAAGGGCAAACUCUGACAGUGAGCAAAGCUGGGCCAAAACCAACCUAUCGACCCACGACGGAUCCAAACGAGAACUUUAAGAAGGUCCUUAUGACGACACAGACGGAGCGUGAAAAUGUACGCUACCGCAAAGACGUAGAGAAGGCAGCUCUGACAUGGCGAUAG